AUGCAACUUCACUCCCGCCUCCUCACGGCCUUCGUCGCCCUCUUCAGCGUUGCUUCUUCCUUCACAAUGUCCACUUCAACGCCCAACUCCACCGAUGCAUCCCCUGUAACGCGUAUAGCAACGUUCCGCUUCCUGCCGAACGUGACCGCGGAGCAAAAAGGCGAUCGCGCAUCUGCCUUUCUCGCGCUCUAUGCCGAACACCCAGAACUACUGGUCGAAGGACCCAAAGGAGGGCGACCGCUGAACACGCCAUUGAAUCUGACGAAUGUGAAGAGGGAGAGUGUGUGGGACUUGGGUUUCGUCGUAGUCUUCAAGGAUGAAGCCUCGAGGCAGGUGUUCGAUAAAGAUCCGACGCACGAUAAGCUGAAGAAUGAGACGGACCCGCUGCUCGAGCAGGUCUUUGUGUAUGACUUUGUUGCGCAGCCGAAUCUGGGCUGGUGA